AGCUCCGCGGCCAGUAUAGGCGCAGUCGGGAACGGGGAAAGACACGCACGGAGAGAAGAGGAGAACAAGAGGACAUAUACAACUAUAACUGCGCUUUUCUUUGGAGAAACUGACCUUUGGAUACGUGCUGAAGUUAUCCACAGAGAUGAGUUUAUACGGAUCACAGACCAGACUAAACCAGUUGAGCCGCAGAUCCAACUCUCGGCCCGAUCUGACCGCGGUAGGCUACAGUUUACCCAGGACUGAUCUGGGCCAGAUGUCCGUGAGUGGAAAUAGAUUCCAGGCUGAAUACAAUGAUGGCUAUACGCAGUCAUUUCAAAACAAUUUCUCCAGAAGCUCACUGGGAGGAGGAGGAGGAGGAGGACGACAACAGAGCAUGUCAUCCGUGUCUGUUCACAAAUUUCAAGUGAUUUACAGUGACUGUAUGAGAAGCCUGCAUCAAGCUCAGCUCGUCCUAGAGAAUAUGGGACCAGCAUCUGAAGUGGACAAAAACAUGCUCAUGGCAGCGGAAGCUUUAGAUCAGCUCAAGCAGUGUGCUAUUGACUUAAGUAAAGCUGGUCAGCCCAAUGACAUGGUCCUCAGAGGUCUAGAGGAAUGUAGCAGCAUGCAUGCAGGAAUACGAAACUCCAUCACGGGCACCACUAUGAUAAGGACCAGCAACACCAGCUGGGAAGACCCUAGCAUCCAAAGCACCAUCACGGGCACCUCUCUGAGGAGGAUCAGCAACAACACCGUCAGGGAAGACCCCAACACCCAAACCAUCUACAUGGGCAACACUAUGAGGAGGAUCAGCAACAACACCGGCUGGGAAGACCCCAGCAUCCAAAGCACCAUCACGGGCAACACUAUGAGGAGGAUCAGCAACAACACCGGCUGGGAAGACUCCAGUAAGGGCUUCCAAGACGCAAUUGCAUGGAUCAACCAGAAUAAGCGGCUUAUUGAGACCGCACCCUUCGGUGAAGAUUCAGAGACGAUAAGCCAACAAAUCAUGAAUCACAACAGGUUCCACAGUUCAGUUCAGAGAAGCGCGGAGGUGGAUAGAGUGCGAGAUGAGCUGAUGCAGAGUGGAGACAAGUCAAGGCUUAAUGCCCUCGAACGAGAAUGGGACAGUUUACAGAAAAUGUCCCAUGCGCGAACAGCUCAGCUGCGAGACCUGCAGAACAUCAUUGAGGAGAUCUCGAGAGCCAUCAUGUGGGUUAAUGACAGAGAGGAAGAGGAGCUAGUGUUUGACUGGGGCGAUAAAAACAUUGACACAUACAUCCCCAAAAAACAAGAAAGCUACUCAAAACUGAUGAGUGAGCUGGAGGAGAAAGAGAAAGAUCUUAAUAAACUGAAGACAAAGGUGGACAACCUACUGAAGAGCCAACACCCAGCCUCAGAUAAAAUAGAGGCGUACAUGGACACAUUGCAAACCCAGUGGAGCUGGUUACUGCAGAUCACCAAAUGCAUUGAUGUUCACCUUAAGGAGAAUGCUGCUUACAGCCAAUUCUUCAAGGAGGCCAAUGAGACUUACACCAAGCUGCAGAGCGACCAUGAUGGCAUCCGUAAAAAAUACACCUGUGACAAGACCACGCCUCUGGAGAACCUCACAGAAAUGCUCAAAAAUCUGGAGAAAGAGAAAGAGAGGAUCUUUGAGAAUAAGAGGCAGGUACAGACACUGGCCAGCAAGUCCAAAAACAUUGUGUGUCUGAAGCCUCGUAACUCAGAGGAGAAGAGCAGCAGUCCCAUCAUGGUGCAAGCUUUGUGUGACUUCAAACAGGAUCAGAAGGGCAUAAUGAAAGGAAAUGAAGCUAUUCUGAAAGACAACUCACAGCGCAGUAAGUGGCAAGUGACUGGACCUGGAGGACUGGACAUGCUCAUACCAUCAGUGUGCCUCAUUAUACCACCACCCAAUCCUCUGAGCAUAAGCCUCGCAAAGAAGAAUGAGCAGUACUUUGAAGCCAUCAUGUCCAUCUGGAAUCAGCUGUACAUUAACAUCAAGAGUCUUAUCUCCUGGAAAUACUGCAUGAAGGACAUUCAACAUAUCAACACCCUUACGCUCUCCAUGCUGUCACAAAUGCGCCCUGAGGAGUAUCGUAACAUCAUUAAGAGUCUUGAGCUCCAUUACCAAGAGUUUAUGCGCAACAGUCACGGCUCUGAGAUGUUUCGAGAUGAAGACAAGAGAAAGAUGGAGCAACAAUACUCUGGAGCACAAGCGUAUUACGACCAGAUGGUGAUCCAACUGCCCACCUACAGGGAGAAUGGGGUGAAAGUUGACGUUGUGAAGAAUGUUGACGUUGUGAAGGAGGUGAAGCAGGUGAAGGUGGAGACAGAUGGAAAGAAGGUGGUCGGCUCAAGUCUGAACAUUGGGUUCUUGUCAGACCUGAGCACUCUCAGACGCAGACUAGAGGCAGCGGAGUCAGGAUUGCUUCAGCAUCUCCAUGUUCCUCUGAAGGAGAACAGCGUACAGGAGUGUUCCCGAAGACUUGUGCUGCUGCAGCGUGUGCAUCAGGAUCUGGACACCAUACAGGACGAGUACCUGCGUCUAAGGGAGAAGAUUUUGAGGGAGCUGGAGGGCAGCACCAACGCAGAGCAGACCAAGUUCCUUCGCACAGAAUUGGACUACGUUAACCAGAAACUGGGCAGCCUGCAAGGCUUCUCAGCUGCUUAUACCCAAAGACUGACGGCUCUUCAAGCUCUGAUGAAGAGCCUCCUGCAGGCUGAGGACAUCAUUAAAGUCCACGAGGCUCGUCUUACAGAGAAAGAGACCUCUUCUCUUAAUCUGGAUGAAGUGGAGAGGCACCGCAUGACUCUCAAGGACAUGAAAGCAGAACUUGAGCAGAAGAAAGGAGUUAUGAAGACUUUGGAGUCUGAGCUGUCCAAGGCUGUGCACUGGAACGGUCAGAUAGACCAGUCUUUCCAUCAGUGCGAUGUUGAUCUGUCCAAAUACUCAGAACUCGUCGGACAAAUGACAGACCGGUGGCGACGAAUUGUGACCCAGAUCGACAGCAGGACAUGGGACCUAGAAAAACAGGAGAAACAGCUGAAUCACUACAAGCAGACGAGCUCCAUGAUGAACAAAUGGAUUCAGGAGACACGUCAGCGCCAAGAUGCCCUCCAGAUCACUAAAUUCAGCAAUAUGGAUAACUUAGUCCACCACCUCAAUCAACAAAAAGCGCUGUAUUCUGAGAUAAAGGGAAAGAAGGAAAAAGUGGAUGACGUGAUCAGAGACUCUGACACAUGUAGUGCCUCCAUAAAGGAUUAUGAGCUCCAGUUGGCUUCCUACAGUGCAGGUUUGGAGACUCUGCUCAACAUUCCCAUCAAGAAGACUAUGCUUCAGUCUCCAGCCACUGAACUGAGGCAGGAGGCAAUGGUGUUGCAGUCAAACUACAUAGAGCUCUUGACACGCUCAAGUGACUACUACAAAUUCCUUGGGGAAAUGCUGAAAAACAUGCAGGAGUUAGAGAUGCAUACCACCAAAUUUGACCUGUUGAAUGACGAGAUGAGGCGCCUAAAGGAUAACCUUCUAGAUCAAACCCACAAGAACAAAUCACUGGAGGACACUCUGACUCGCUAUCGGCUGGAGCUCACCCAAUCUAAAGAGGAGCUUAUAUCGAUGGAGGAGGUGAAGAGAACCCAGGCUAGGCAGUGCAAUGCUACCAAGGAAAGCCUGGACAGCACCCAGAAUCAAAUGAAGAGCUUACAAGAUGAGGUGUCUCGCCUCUCAUUUCUCAUUGAGGAUGAGAAACGCAAAAAGAGGUUGGCUGAGGAGCGAUACACAAACCAGCAGGAGGAGUAUGAGCUUGUUAUGCGCAAGAGACAGAAAGAACUGGAAGAGCUCAACAUGUCCAAAAGUGAAUUCGAAAGGGCCAUCAAAGACAAAGAGCGGGAGAUUGAACGGCUGAAAUUACAGCUCCAGGAUGAGGCCUCCCGGCGUUGUGCAGCAGAGUCAGAGACCUCAAAGGUAAGAUCCCAGUUGACCCAGGACAUUAAUAGCCUUAAGCAAACUUAUGAAUCUGAGAUCCACAUCACCAAGACCAGUAUGCUCAUGACAACACAGCAGAAGGAGGAGCAAUCAUCAACACUAAAAUUCCAGCUGGACAGGCUGACUUCUGAGAAAAGAGACCUGGAAGAAGAACUUAGGAAGCUGCAGCUCUCUUUCAGCCGCUCAGAAGAAGCAAAGAGGAAAGCAGAAGAGGAAGUACAUCAGCAGAGGUCUUCAGCAUCAGAGGGUAGCCGGUGCAAAAAGGAACUAGAGUCACAGAUUCAGAUUAUGAUACAUCAAAGAGAAGAGAUUGACACAAGAUACAAGUUUGAACUGGCAGAGGCCAACAAAGUUUCUCAGGAAAAGGUCCAUAAGAUUACCUCGUUAACACAGAACCUUCAAGAUGAGACCAGGAGAAGGAAAGCCUUGGAGGUUGAGAACCAAAGCCUCAGACAGUCUCAAGCUGAACUGCUCACUAAGCACACUUCCACCACAGAGGUCAUUAACAAGCUUAAGAUUUCAGAGCAAGAAAUGCUCAUCCUCAAGCGAGAGAUGGAGAAGCAAACGAUUGAGAAGAGCAAGUUGGAACAGAAUAGCACCAGACUGCAGAGUCGCAUCAGUGAACUGCAGUCAAUGGUGAAUGGGUUGCAGGCUGAACUGGAAAAAGAUAAGAAGAAUAACCAGGAUGAGCUCACAAGAAGAAAGAAGUUAGAAACUGAGCUGGAAAGGGUGAAUCAGAUGUGCCGUGAAUAUACCACUACUAUCAACACUCUACGGGUCCAUCAAGAGCAGGAAAGUACUUCUGGACACAAGAAUGAGCAGGAGCUUCGCAGUCUAAAAGAUGAGUUGGAUAGAAGCCAAAAGGAAUAUAAAGUCACGGUAGAGAAUCUGACCAGGGUAAAUGCAGAAUUGAAGGCCUUACAGAAGCAGCUCUUAAAGGAACAGGCUUGUGUCCGUGAGGCCAAUCAACGGAAUGAUUCUCUCUAUAAGACUAUUGAAGAAAAAAGUCGCAUGUUAAAUGAGAGCACCAGUGAGAUUGAAAAGCUGCAGAGCCUUACUCAGAAUCUUACCAAAGAGCAUCUGCGGCUUGAGGAGGAACUAAGGACCAUGCGAUUGCAGCGGGAUGACUUAAAAAGAAGCCUGAGCACUAUUGAGAGUGAAAGUGCAUCCCGAUUGUCAGCCAUUCAGUUCCAGUUACAAACCAGCAAUAACAGGGCACUGGAACUGCAAGAAUUAAUCAAUGAACUGACUCAAGAGAGGGAAAGUUUAAGGGUGGAAAUUGCCCAAAUCCAAAAGCAAUUCUCGGAGACAUCAAUGAUGAUCCAGCGGUCUGAUACCCACUACAAAGAGAUUGUGCAAGAGAGAGACAGUCUCUUAAGCAAACUGAAACUGUUGGAACAGGAUAAAGGUAAGCAGCUGCGCUAUGAAGAGGAGCUCAGACGCAUCAAAAUCUCACUGGAAUCUGAGUUGAAACAAAAGCAACGCCUCCAGGAUGAAAUUGACAAAAUUAACAAGGAUUUCAAGUACUGGAAAAGCCAAUAUGAGUCAAAAGAGGGGCAGAUCAGACAGGGCGAGUUAGAUAGAGACAAAGCAGAGCGAGACAGGGCCUCCUUGCAGAGCGAGAUCCAGAGAUUGACUGCUGAGCUAAGAAGUGUGGAAGAACGCUACAAGAGUCGUCUUCACAGCUCAGAGAGGGAAAUAUCAGAGCUCUCUCGGAAGAGGGAAGCUUUGGAAAUUGAACUGAGGAGGUUGCAACAGUGUCCUGUUCCAUGCUGUAAGCAUACACAGAUUGAUGUGGUUUCUAAAACUGUUUGUGAUGGUGGUUCCCAUAAAGUAACAGUGCAAGGUCUACGUGGUGAGGUCUCACUUGCAGAGCUUGUGGAUUCCAACUUGCUUACUCAAACAGAUAUGGAUAAAAUAAACCAAGGAAAACUAACUGGCAAGGAUAUUGAGGAUAGGCUCAAAUCAUACCUAGGUGGUUCUUCUUGCAUCGCUGGUAUAUAUGAUGAGGCCAACAACAGGGUUCUGCCCUUUUACCAGGCCAUGAAAGAAGGUCUGACUAGACGGGGAACCACACUGGUGCUCCUGGAGGCCCAGGCUGCCUCUGGUUUCAUAAUUGAUCCAGUCAAUAAUGUUUGCAUGACGGUGGAAGAAGGGUGCAGGAGGGCUCUUGUGGGAAAGGAGUUUAAAGACAAACUGCUCUCUGCUGAGAAGGCUGUCACAGGAUAUAAAGAUCCAGCAACAGGAAAAAUCAUCUCCCUCUUUCAAGCUAUUGAGAAAGGGGUGAUUGAGAGGGGUCAUGGAAUUAGACUGCUUGAGUCUCAGAUAGCCAGUGGUGGCAUCAUUGACCCAAAAGGGAGCCAUCGUAUUGAUGUGGAAGUGGCUUACAAGAAAGGUUACUUUGACCGUGAAAUGAAUGAGAUUUUGACAUAUGAGGGCGACGACACCAAAGGUUUUUUUGACCCCAACACCCAUGAACACCUCACUUAUCUACAACUGAAGAAAAGGUGCAUCACAGAUCCUAAGACAGGGCUCAUCCUUUUGCCUUUGAAGGACAAGAAGAAGCCACAAAAAACUACAUCUCAAAAGAACACUCUCCGCAAGAGGAGAGUGGUGAUUGUAGAUCCUGACACAGGGAAAGAGAUGACUGUACGGGAAGCAUACCAUCGAGAGUUAAUUGACUAUGACACUUUUCUGGAACUUUCUGAACAAGAGUGCGAGUGGGAGGAGAUCACUAUCUCAGCAUCUGAUGGCAGCAAACGCUUAGUUGUUGUUGAUCGCAAAACUGGAAAUCAGUAUGAUAUUCAAGAUUCCCUAGACAGGGGUGUUAUUGAUAAACAAAGCCUAGACAAGUACCGUGCAGGGACUCUGACACUCACUCAAUUUGCAGAUAUGAUCACCAGUAAAAGCAAAAGCUCUGAGCUUGCCAUAUGCUCCAGCAGUCCUGAGGAUAUUGCUACUUGCAGUAGUCCCACACAGGUUGCACCAUCAUCUCCAACCAUUCGCAAGCGUUUUGCUAGUGUAUCUAUCACACUCUCUCCUCCGUCUGAUAUUUUUGAUGACCAGAGUCCAGUUGGAGCCAUUUUUGAUACAGAGACCCUAGAGAAGAUAACAAUCCCUGAAGCCCAACGACGUGGAAUAGUGGACAAUAUCACCGCUCAGCGGCUCUUGGAAGCCCAGAUUUGCACUGGAGGUAUUAUAAAUCCUGCCACUGGCCAGAGACUCUCUCUGACAGAUGCUGUACAGCAGAGCAUCAUUGAUGAAGACAUGGCUGUCAAGCUAAAACCAGCACAGAAGGCUUACAUAGGUUUCGAGGACGUCAAGACCAAGAAGAAACUGUCUGCUGCUGAAGCCAUAAAGGAAAAAUGGCUACCUUAUGAUGCAGGGCAGAGGUUUCUUGAGUUUCAGUACCUGACAGGAGGACUCAUAGAGCCAGAAACUGGUCGGCGGGUGACCAUUGAGGAAGCCAUCCGCAAAGGAUGGCUCGAUGGCAAAGGGGCACAAAAGCUGCAGGAUACGAGAAACUACAUUAAGAACAUUACCUGUCCUAAAACCAAACUAAAAAUCUCAUACAAAGAGGCAAUGGACAACUGCAUGGUGGAGGAGAACAAUGGCAUGAAGAUGCUCCAGGCAACUUCUAUGUCUACAAAGGGCAUCAGCAGCCCCUACAAUGUGUCCUCAGGCCCAGGCUCUCGCACAGGUUCCAGAGCAGGGUCUCGUACUGGCUCAAGAAGCGGCUCACGCAGAGGCAGUGUUGACUACACCUCUUCAAGUACUUACAGCUACAUCAUAUCUUAGUUACACAUUUAGCUGUAACGCCUAUGCUUAGUAUGUAAAAUACACAUUUAAAAAUGAGCUUCUAGUCAUAAUUUUCCAAGUAUGGGUUUGGUAUAUAGAAUAUAGAUUUAUUUCAAACAGAUAGUUUUUACUUGCCAAUUAGUGCUUAUACAUUUUCUUGGGUACCUUUUUUAAGAUGGUUUUCAGAUUAUUAAUGUGAUUUAAACUAAGCAAAUUUUAAAUGACAUUUAGCAUACUGUCAUCAUUCCUUAUUUGAUUUAUUUGGUGUAACCAUUUUCAAAUAUUUUUUCUUUUAUAUGUUCUUUUUUUUUUAUCUCACUUGCAUUGUAUCAACGUGUAUAUUAUAUGGAGUAAUCUAAACAAUAAAUCAGCUUGUCAAAAUUGAAAGC